UGUCGUCGUCGUCGUCCCCGCCUCCUCCCCAGGGGCCGCGUCGGAACCUCGGUAGCCGCGGCGUUUACAGCCCGAGGAGAGCGGCGGGUUUGGCAGCGGCGGUGGCCACCCAGACCCACCCGAGGCGCGUCCCCGUCGGCCUCCCGGCGCCCCCAGGCCGCAGCGCCCGCGCACCUUCAGCUCGCUCGCUCGCCCUCCUUCCCUGCGGCCGGCUGCGCCAUGGCGUUGGCGUUGGCGGCGCUGGCGGCGGUGGAGCCGGCCUGCGGCAGCCGGUACCAGCAGUUGCAGAAUGAAGAAGAGCCUGGAGAGCCGGAACAAGCUGCAGGGGACGCUCCUCCACCUUAUAGCAGCAUCUCUGCAGAGAGUGCAGCAUAUUUUGACUACAAAGAUGAGUCUGGGUUUCCAAAGCCCCCAUCUUACAAUGUGGCUACCACACUGCCCAGUUAUGAUGAAGCUGAGAGAACCAAAGCUGAAGCUACUAUCCCUUUGGUUCCUGGAAGAGAUGAGGAUUUUGUGGGUCGGGAUGAUUUUGAUGAUCCUGACCAGAUGAGGAUAGGAAACGAUGGGAUUUUCAUGUUAACUUUUUUCAUGGCAUUCCUCUUUAACUGGAUUGGGUUUUUCCUGUCUUUUUGCCUGACCACUUCAGCUGCAGGAAGGUAUGGGGCCAUUUCAGGAUUUGGUCUCUCUCUAAUUAAGUGGAUCCUGAUUGUCAGGUUUUCCACUUACUUCCCUGGAUAUUUUGAUGGUCAGUACUGGCUCUGGUGGGUGUUCCUGGUUUUAGGCUUUCUCCUGUUUCUCAGAGGAUUUAUCAAUUAUGCAAAAGUCCGGAAGAUGCCAGAAACUUUCUCAAAUCUCCCCAGGACCAGAGUUCUCUUUAUUUAUUAAAGAUGUUUUCUGGCAGAGGCCUUCCUGCAUUUAUGAAUUCUCUCCCAAGAAGCAAGAGAACACCUGCAGGAAGUGAAUCAAGAGGCGGAACACCGAGGAAUAAUCACCUGCUUUAAAAAAAUAAAGUACUGUUGACAAAGAUCAUUUCUCUCUAUUUGUUCCUAGAUGUAAAAUUUUAAUAGUUAAUGAAAAAUUCUGUAAUCAUUGAAUCAUUAGUGGUUAAUGUUUGAAAAAGCUCUCGCAAUCAAGUCUGUGGUGUACUAAUAAUGCCUUAUCUAUUUGUAGUCAUUUUAAAUAGCAUGAGCCUUGUCCCUGUAGUCAGUAGGGGGCAAUCUUGCUUUAUUCAUCCUCCAUCUCAAAAUGAAUUUGGAAUUAAAUAUUUUAGUGUAAGAUAUGUACAAUGCUGGCCAUUUAAAAAAGGGGUUUUCUCAAAAGUAUAACUUUUGUUAUGACUGCAUUUCUGCACAUAAUCCAUUUUGCUGUUAAAAUUAAUCUAGAAAUUUAUUUAAUUGUACUGUGAACACCUAGAAACAAAAUCAUAGUGCAAAAUACAUUUAAGGUGUGGUCAAGAAUAUGUUCUUAAUUGGUAAAUGAUAAGCAUUAAUUUUUUAUAGUCUGUAUUCUAAUUUUGCUGUACCUUAUUCUGUUGUGUACCUAAGGGAUUGUAAAGGUGUUAUCACUGUAUAAAAUAGAAAGGACAAGGACAAAUGCAGCAUAAUUACUAAUAAAAUGCAAUUGGUGAUACUUUCUGUGAUUAGAAUCCCUACCCCUUUUUUUUCUUUUUCUUUUGUCUCCUGAUGAUUAGGCCAGGGGCUAGGAGUAGGGAGGGGAUUAGGUACUAGGAGCAAAGAAAGAAUUAGCUUGGAACUUUUGAGAUGAUCCCUAACAUACUGUACUACUUGCUUUUACAAUGUGUUAGCAGAGACCAAUGUGUUAUAGUGUAGAGUGAUGUGCUUUCUACCAAGUGGUAUUCACCCUGGUUUGGUAUGUUAAAGCUGUAAAUACAACAGAACAUUAAUAAACGUCUCUUGUGUAGCAA